AUGAUCCUCAGGAAACUGGUCUUACGGCAGAGUAUGUCUACCUUACCCAGCAUGAAAUAAUCUUACCGAACUCGCUGAGAUACGGGGAGUUUACUGACGGUAUCUCCGAAUUGCAGGCCGAUUGACUUCGCUUUCCGGAGCCGCAAGACACUUCGCCAGAACAAUCACCUCCGAGCAGAAUCAGAAUGGCAGCACCGGCACUGGACCGGAAGGGCUCAGUAGCCCCCAAUCCCCCAAUCCAAAUCGAUCCGAUACCACCAAUUCAGCCGAUGGUGACCAAUCGGGGGGGGAGGGACAAAGUCAAGCCUUCACAAGAUCUCAAGAAUACGAGAACUUUAAACAAUUUCGUACAUCUCCCCCUCCCACCACCACCACCGCCACCACCACCACACGCUAACGCGCAUCUUCUAGAAAACACCGUAGGGAAACUCGGCGCCAUACCCGGCCGCGUCUACAAACCGCACAUCGCCGUUAACCACCCUCCCGGACCGCGGGAUAUAACCCUUGAACUCCUCAUGGCUUCGGGCGCGCACCUUGGCCACCUGACCUCGCUCUGGAACCCGAGCAACGCGCGCUACAUCCACGGCAUCCGCGACAACAUCCACAUAAUAUCGCUGGAGACCAUAGCGGCGCACCUUCGGCGGGCGGCCAAGGUCGUCGAGGGGGUCGCGCGCGCCGGCGGGUCCAUAGUCUUCGUGGGGACCCGCGAAGGUCAGGACCGCUGCGUCAUAAAGGCCGCGAAGAUGUGCGGCGGGGCGCACGUCUUCGAUUGGUGGAUCGCGGGGACUAUCACCAAUGCUCACAACCUGCUGCGGAGGAAGAAGAUUGUCGAGCGGGAUAUGGCGGAUCGCAUCGUCUCGCCGAAGCCCAUUGAUGAUGGUAGGGUCGUUGUGCCGGACCUUGUGGUCGUGCUGAAUCCCAUGGAGAAUUCGGUUGCCCUGCAUGAGUGUGCGCUUGCUGGGGUGCCGACCAUUGGGAUUGUGGAUACGGAUAUGGAUCCGCUUAGGGUUACCUAUCCGAUCCCUUGCAAUGAUGAUAGUUUGAGGGCC